UGAGUGAGAAAGAUGUUGAAUCCCCAACUAAUCUUGUUUAUACCCUCUUUUCUCUCUCUAUAUUCUUUUACAUACAACCAGUUGUCUUUGAGGAGAGAGAAAGCACAGAAAAAGAGAACCUUUGACUAAAUUCACGACGACUUCCCUCAUCCCCAAUCCUUCUCUCUCUUUGAUUAGAGCAAAACCCUCAAUUUUCUGCUUUAGAUUUUCUCAAUUUCAAGUGUUUCUUCAAGUGGGUUUUCUUUAUUUCAUGGCUGAUUAGUGUUUCUUGAAGUGGGUUUUCUUUAUUAUCUGUUUUUUACCUCUGUUUACACCUAGGGUUUGCUGUUUAGGGUUCUGGGUGUUUUGAAUUUCUUGAUCUGACCCAUUAUUUGAUGAGAAAUCUGGGCUUUUAGGUUUAAAGACCCGGACCCGGUUUUGAGAAAAUGGAUCGGGUUGUUUCUUUGGUUUCAGGUUCUGUUCUUGUGUGGUUCUUAUUGGUGUUGAAUAACUUGUCAAAAGUUCAUGGGAAUGCUGAAGGUGAUGCAUUGAAUGCUUUAAAAACUCAGUUAGGUGACCCGAAUAAUGUUCUUCAAAGUUGGGAUGCGACGUUGGUGAAUCCGUGUACAUGGUUUCAUGUUACUUGCAACAACGAGAACAGUGUUACUCGAGUUGAUCUUGGAAACGCAAACUUGUCGGGUCAACUGGUUCCACAGCUUGGUCAACUCACUAAUUUACAGUAUUUGGAACUUUACAGUAAUAAUAUAACUGGAAAAAUUCCUAACGAGCUUGGGAACUUAACUAACUUAGUGAGUUUGGAUCUUUAUCUCAAUCGGUUAGACGGUGUGAUUCCCGAAACAUUGGGCAAGCUACAGAAGCUUCGUUUCCUUCGUCUCAACAACAACACAUUGACGGGAACUAUUCCGCUUCCAUUAACUACUAUAAACUCAUUGCAAGUUCUUGAUCUUUCAAACAACAAUUUGAGUGGGGAUGUCCCGAUUAACGGUUCCUUUUCUCUUUUCACACCUAUCAGUUUUGCUGGUAAUCCUAACCUGCGAGCUCCCCCGGUUCAACCGCAAGCUCCGUCACCACCGAAUUCCCAGUCUUCUUCCGUCGGCAACAGUGCCACGGGGGCCAUCGCCGGAGGAGUCGCUGCUGGUGCCGCACUUCUGUUUGCGGGUCCCGCAAUUGCACUUGCUUGGUGGCGACGCCGAAAACCACAGGAUCAUUUCUUUGAUGUACCGGCCGAAGAAGAUCCGGAAGUUCAUUUAGGGCAAUUGAAGAGGUUUUCUCUACGUGAACUACAAGUUGCAACCGAUAAUUUCAGUAACAGACACAUUCUCGGGCGAGGUGGAUUCGGUAAAGUUUAUAAAGGACGUUUAGCGGAUGGAACUUUAGUAGCUGUGAAACGGUUAAAAGAGGAAAGAACUCAAGGUGGAGAACUACAGUUCCAAACGGAAGUUGAGAUGAUUAGUAUGGCGGUCCACCGGAAUCUACUUCGUUUGAAAGGAUUUUGCAUGACACCCACCGAACGGUUGCUCGUUUAUCCAUAUAUGGCCAAUGGUAGUGUUGCGUCAUGCUUAAGAGAGAGACCCGAAAAUCAGGAACCGCUUGAUUGGCCAAUACGGAAGCGAAUUGCACUCGGGUCUGCAAGAGGUCUUGCGUAUCUACACGAUCAUUGUGACCCGAAGAUCAUUCACCGUGAUGUGAAAGCCGCAAAUAUAUUAUUAGAUGAAGAAUUUGAAGCGGUUGUUGGAGAUUUCGGGUUGGCUAAACUUAUGGAUUACAAAGAUACUCAUGUUACAACGGCUGUUCGUGGUACAAUCGGACACAUAGCACCCGAGUAUUUAUCAACCGGGAAAUCUUCGGAGAAAACCGACGUUUUUGGGUACGGCGUUAUGCUUCUCGAGCUCAUUACUGGACAACGGGCUUUUGAUCUUGCUCGCCUUGCUAAUGAUGAUGAUGUCAUGUUGCUCGAUUGGGUGAAAGGGCUUUUGAGGGAAAAGAAAUUGGAGACACUGGUGGAUGCUGAUUUGAAAGGUAAUUAUAUAGAUGCUGAGGUGGAACAAUUGAUCCAGGUGGCGCUUUUGUGCACGCAAGGAACGCCAUUGGAGCGGCCGAAAAUGUCGGAAGUUGUGAGAAUGCUUGAAGGUGAUGGGUUGGCUGAAAGAUGGGAAGAAUGGCAGAAAGAAGAGAUGUUUAGGCAAGAGUUCAAUACUACUCAUAAUCCAAAUACUGAUUGGAUUAUUCAAGAUUCGACAUAUAAUCUUCGUCCUGAUGAAUUGUCGGGCCCCAGAUGAUCGUGUUUGAAACGGAAACGGGUUUCGGUUUUUGGUUUUUCGUGUAUUUUUAUGGGAACUGAUAUUUAUCAUCAUUGUGCAUAUGAAAAUACUUUUGCUUCUUUGUUCUCUCACCCAAGACUGUUGGGGUGAGUUGUGUAGAGUUUGGUCUUUGUUGGGUAAUUUGUGCUUAUAGAUUGGCUGGCAGGUGGGAGUAUGAGAAGUCGAGUCGGAAAGUAACUUUAAGUGUUGUCGAAAUGCCUAUGUAUUUCGGUUCGUUAUGUAGUAAACCAGAUGGACAAAAUAAAUACAUUUUGUUGCUAUGUA